UUGUACUCCCUUUUGAAGCACACGCCUGUUUCAUCCCUCUUUUCAUUUCACAGUGCGUGUACUGUAUGUUGUUAAGCCCCUUCUGACACAAGUUGUGUGACUUUCCUCUUUGGAAGAUAGCGAAGUCAGCCUCUCUCGGUUUAUACCGGCGUCCUUUGACUGAUGCUUCAUAUCUAGCUGUUGUGUCUUUUUUUUCCCUUAGCUUGAUCUUGCGUGCACUGAAUCAAGCGCAUGGUUUGGGAACUAAAAAGAAAACCCAGUGGGAAAUAGCUGAAGUCGUCUUUGGAGGAACGCCGCUCUGUCGCUCUCUCUCUCUGUACUUUGGGGAAGAUCCUUUAAUUGUGUUAUUUCGCUGCUGCCGUUGUUAAUUUUAGGUGACCCUGUUUUGUGUGGGGAGGUGGUUUAUUUAGUUGAAAUUGGCAAUAAGAAGACCCACAAGUCUUUUUUUUGUGUGUUGAUGUUCUCAAUCCAGGACAGUCUCCCUCGGGGAGCUUUGACCAUGAAAGAGGAACCGUUGGCCAGCGGGAUGACACCAGUCCGGUCCUGGAUGCAAAGUGCCGGGAUACUGGAUUCAAACACGGCAGCCCAAAGUGGCGUUGGCCUGGCCCGGGCUCAUUACGAGAAGCAGCCCCCCUCCAACCUGAGAAAGUCCAACUUUUUCCACUUUGUCCUGGCGCUGUACGACCGGCAAGGCCAGCCAGUCGAGAUCGAGAGGACUUCCUACAUCGACUUUGUGGAGAAAGACAAAGAGUACAAUGGGGAGAAGACAAAUAAUGGGAUUCAUUACAGGUUACAGCUUCUGUACAGCAAUGGCAUCAGAACAGAACAAGACCUGUUUGUACGGUUGAUUGAUUCAAUGACCAAACAGGCCAUUAUUUACGAGGGCCAGGACAAGAACCCAGAGAUGUGUCGUGUUCUGCUCACACACGAGAUCAUGUGCAGCCGGUGUUGUGACAAGAAGAGCUGUGGGAAUCGUAACGAGACCCCCUCUGAUCCAGUGAUCAUCGACAGAUUCUUUCUGAAAUUCUUCCUCAAGUGCAAUCAGAAUUGUUUGAAAAAUGCAGGGAACCCACGGGACAUGCGCCGCUUUCAGGUGGUUGUGGCCACAACAAUCAAUGUGGAUGGCCACGUGCUGGCAGUCUCGGAUAAUAUGUUUGUUCACAACAACUCCAAGCAUGGCAGGAAAGCCCGUCGUCUCGACCCUUUAGAAGCAGCCACCCCCUGCAUCAAAGCCAUCAGCCCGAGCGAGGGCUGGACCACUGGAGGUGCUACCGUCAUCGUUAUCGGCGAUAACUUCUUCGACGGGCUGCAGGUGGUCUUCGGCACCAUGCUGGUCUGGAGUGAGCUCAUCACGCCUCAUGCCAUCCGCGUGCAGACGCCACCGCGACACAUCCCUGGCGUGGUGGAGGUCACGCUCUCAUACAAGUCCAAGCAGUUCUGCAAGGGGGCGCCAGGACGCUUCGUCUAUACAGCAUUGAAUGAACCUACUAUUGAUUAUGGAUUCCAGCGACUACAAAAGGUGAUUCCCAGACAUCCAGGAGAUCCAGAGAGGCUACCUAAGGAGGUCUUGUUGAAGAGAGCAGCAGAUCUGGUCGAAGCCCUGUACGGCAUGCCUCACAAUAACCAGGAGAUCAUCUUGAAGCGAGCAGCGGACCUGACUGAGGCCCUGUACAGUGUCCCACGCAACCACAACCAGCUGCCUUCCCUCACAGGCUCCUCCGCCCACUCAGGAAUGAUGGGAGUCAACUCCUUCAGCAGCCAGCUCGCCGUCAACAUCUCUGAGACAUCCCAGGGCAAUGAUCAAGGUUACUCCCGUAACUCCAACAGCGUGUCUCCCCGCGGCUACGCCCCCAGCUCCACCCCCCAGCAGUCCAACUACAACACCAUCACCUCCACCAUGAACGGCUACGGCAGCGGCAUGACCGGUCUGGGGGUGCCGGGCUCCCCCAGCUUCCUCAACGGAUCCACAGCCAACUCCCCCUACGCAAUCAUGCCUUCCAGCCCUCCGUUGGGGGCUUCCUCCAUCACUCUCCCCUCCAGCGUUAACUCCUCCUCCUCCACCACCCCUGCUGGCAUGUUCUCAUUCUCUCCUGUCAAUAUGAUCUCUGCAGUCAAACAGAAGAGCGCCUUCGCCCCCGUGGUGAGGCCACAGACCUCCCCGCCCCCCACCUGCACCAGCACCAAUGGGAACAGCCUACAGGGUGAGCACCCCGCCCCUCACCUGCCUCCCAACUCCACCCACCACUACUGGGUGUUAGUAGAUGAGGGCAGAUAAGACACACAAGAGCUAUGUCUGGUCUUAUAGUCCCACCCAUGUAAGUAGGAAAAAAUGAAAUCCCAAGAUAUCCACAAGAUGAAGAACACAAGUCCCACUGCCCCCACACACAGCUCAGCAACUUCAAGAAUAACAAGAACAUGGCAUAUGGACUCCUUUCUUAAAGGUCCUAUACAAGUCAUUUAAUGGUACUCUGAAUAGUCUCCUGAGUUGUGUUGGUUCACCUACAGACAAACUUUGAUUAAGUGAGCUAAAUUGGACCAAAUUACAAAAGUAUAGUCACACUGUUUGGCUACAUUGCCCCUCUUACCUGCCAUCAUCUCUUCCACAGUUGCCACGUGUCAGGCUGCGGGCACCAUUGACCAUCUCUCUUGAUAUAUGAUCUGCCUGUUUCAUUCCUGUUUCAUUCCUGCUUGGGGUUGAGGCAUGGGGUCUUCCAACAGAGCAUGUCUGGAAGCUCAGUCAAUGGUAGCAAAGAACUCAUUAAAUACAUGAGAGGUUUUUUUUUUCAUGAUCAGAUGCAAAGUCACCACAAUGGAAGACUCUAAAUUCAUAAUGUGACUCACUGCAACCAAAUGAUCUGUUCAUGACUAUAAAACACUUAACACUGCUAAAUUUAAAAAUAAAUAAAUUAAAUGAUAAAUGUUUCAGCUGCAAGCCUUUUUAAUUUCCAACCUUAUCUCAAGAUCCCAUCUCAUUUCCAGAACUCUGGCAAAACAAAAUGAAUUGCAGUUUGAAUCAUGUGGCCCAUGCCUUGUUUUGCCAAAUUCUGGUCCGGAUAGUUUCAGGUGAUCAAGGUUCUGAAGUACGGUGUCCCACCUCUACUGUCCCUUUUCUUCAACAAACUCUUAGUUAUGCAACUGUGAUGGAGGGGAUAGGAAUGGCUCCAGUUAUAUGUGCUUCAUAAACUCUGCACUGUUCACAUCUUAAACUGAACUGUGUCUGAGCACAGCCAGCACCAUGCUUCGCUGGAGAAAGCAGGUGUUUAAAUAUCAGGUCAGAUUUCCGAAAUAAUGUUUAGUGAAACAUGAAUUUUACAUGAUCAUACCUGCGUGUAUUUCUUAUUUGUUCCCCUUAGUGAAAUUCUAUGAAAUCAAAUUAGCCCUAGCCACUUGCAAAAUAUGUUCAAGCUGAAAUGGAGCCACUUUAGGACAGUGGUAGUGUAGAUGUAUUCCCAGUUGCAGUCUUCUCUUUCCAAAUGAUCUAUAGUUAUUCACCCAAGUUUCUUCCAUGGAGUAAGCCUGUAGCCUUUGUGUACUUUGGACCAAUAGUUUAGUGAGGGAAAAAACUAAUACCUGAAAUUGUUUCCAGAUUUGUGUAUCUGUAGAAUAACACCAGGAAUGCUUGCUGAGAUUAUGAUCAUGUUUAGGUACUGAUUUGAUCGUUCGACUUUUAUUGUGCUUUUUUGUAUGUAUUUAUAAAUGUUUAUGGGGGUUUCUUUGGUGAUUUAGGCCUGAAUGAUAGUAUAAAAAAUAUGUAAACACAUUUGAUGUCAUAAUACCUUUUAGAUAUUGUAAAAAAAAAAAAAAAAAAAAAGUACAAAAAAAUCUUUUGUAAAAAGUCUUAGACAUGUUCCCUGUCCCUCUGAUUUUUAAAAAGAAGGAAUGCUUCACCGAUUUUGUAUAAGAAAGCUUUCCGAUACUGUAUUUAACAUUUUUGUAUACAGCCAUUGUGUUUUUCUCUUACUUCCAGUUAUUGUCUGUGUGUCUCAUUGUGAAAAGGUGUAUAAUCACGAUAGUUAUUACUUAAUGCACUAUUUUAGUGAAGCAUCUUCAAAAGCAUUGCAUCUUAGCAAAACAAAAAAAGAAAGUUUAGCACACAUAUGCAUCAAGACUAUAUACAUCAGUCAUUUGAGAGUAUCUUCUUGUGUUCAUGACUUGUCUGUCGUACAAAGUUAAAGGGAGACUCGACUUUUAUGAGGGGACAUCUUAAUGUAGCGCUCGCUCUGUGCAUCAAACACCAUUUCUGUAUUCUCCAGUUAGGGCAAUAGGUAACUGGCUCAAAUCAGUUCCAAUAGCUUCAGCAAGUUUUGGACUGGAAAUAGGGGCAGGAGGCAACCAAUACACUACAAGCCUCAAUAAAGCAAGCGAAUAUUAUUCGAGAAAUCAACAGUUGAUAGCCACCAUAAGGCAUUUUGUUUUUGACAACCGAUUGUAGACUGCAGAUGGAACAUGAUGGUUAUACCUCAAAAAGUAUAGAGGUGGCAUCACUGUAAAUAAUAGAAUCGAGCCAAUAGCAUUGGGAUUAUUUGAAUGGGCAUGUGGUGGAUUUUGUUGGCCCAGAUGCUACUUAAAACUCUGGUACAGUUAAGGAAGUGCUGUAAUAACUGGAUGUCAACUUCCAAGUAAAGAAACACUUGUAUGUAACAAUGAAAGUGUAUACUACCUGAGUCAAGACUUAGGUUUAUUCAAUAUUGGACCUUUCCUCAGAAUUCAUAUGCUUGUGUGAAUUAAGAAGUCACCGAUACACAGCUUAGAAGUUGAGUGUCCCUUUAACAAAGUAGGGUUUUCUUUGUCGUUGUUGUUGCACACAGAUCUGUAUCAUUUACUUAUGCAAUUUGUAUUCCUGUAAUGCAAAACAGUGUCACGCCACACUAUCUCAGUGGAAUAGUUGUAAAAAAGAAAGAAAUAUAUAAAUUGAUGCCUUACAAUAUGUCAUGUCCCCAUGCAUUCUAUUAUUAUGUUUUGUAUGUUGUUUUUUCUGCACGGCUGUGAAAGUCAGCCAUCUGUUUAAGAGUUAUAUAAGUCAAUAUGGCUGCUUAAAAACAUUGGUGUAGGUAGAAAAUAAUGGUCACAUACUUAUAGAAAGUCCUAAUAAGGUUAAAAAUGUGUAUACAAAUGUAUUGACUUACACCCAUCUAGGGGGGUAUAGAGCAUAAGAGACAGGCCAGCCAUCCAUCUAAGAUCACCCAGCUCCUAGGAGCUGAUUGAGUCAACGAUAUAAUCUUGGAGAAGACUGUUGAAAUCUCAAGGCAGUUAGCAUGUUCAUAAUUUUGAUUGUGACAGAUGGACACGAUCAGUACAUGCGGUUCACCUUUAAAUAAAGACCAAAAAAUUAAUUAUUUCACGUUUGCAGUUUUAAUUACAGGGCAUACAUAACCAACUAAAAACAUGGUAAUAACUGGGUAGCAUGUAAUUACGUGGAAGUGUGAUGUGCCAUGGUUUUAUCAUGUAAUUACACCAGGUAACCAACACAAGGCCAUUCUAUGUAAUUACACUGUAGUUACCUACUAACAGUAGGGAGCAUUGGUAGUUAUUGCCCAGGUAUUACUAUAUAGUUACAUGGCUAUUCAUGUUGUGCAAUCUAAAGUGCUACCAAACGAAAUUACACAAGCAUGCCAACCAAUACCAGUGAAAGAUGAAUUGACAGAUGAGCAUAGUUAAGUACUUCCUUGCAUAGAAAUGAAAACCCCAUAUAGUGCUAGGGAGAGGAGUGCAAAUAUGGGAGGGCUAACAAGAAAGAGAGAGAUCUGCCAAGAGUUAUUGUGGAUGCUUCAGAAACAAGGUGAAUUUCCAAUCUGGAGCUGCCACUAUCAAUUUCUAUUAAUGUCAUAUUGAAGCUUAACCAAGAUUUCCCAUGAAUAAGGAAGCACUUAUUCUGUAUUGCUAGCAUCCUUAUUACAUUGAUAUUUUACAUUUUGUGUAUAGAUGUAUGGAUGUAUGGAUGGAUGGAUUUACACUAUGCAUAUAUGAAUUCAUGUGUAUGUAUGAAAAUUAAAACAAAACAAAAAUUGGUGUAUACCCCAGAAUCAGAACUACAAAAGUGUAUAAGGCAAGACACUGAGUGUGUAAAUACAUUUCAGCUCAAAUGUUCAUGAAUGAAUACUUACUAAUGGGAAAUGGUACUGAAGGGCACUACAGCUAGCUCUCUGAUUUUUAGUCAUCCUGUUAGCUCAUCUGUUCUGCUGUCUACUAAAGUCCAGGCAGGAGUAAUGCCUUAGGCAAGCUUUGAACAAGCUGAUAUGGAACACGUGUAGGUUUGAGUAGGUAGAACCGGGAGCCAAUGCAGGCCAGUCUAUCACUUAGCUUCAUUCAUAUAUUUGAAACCAGCAAGAGUACAAAGAAAUGAGGCCAACCUUUACGGUACCUGUGCAAUUAUUAUCAUUGAUAACAUAAAUAAAAACGUGCUUUACUUCUUUAUGUAACGCUUAUUCAAGAAAUAUGACAGUACUGUGGUGCAGGUUGUAUGUAUUUAUGGACAGGCAUACCAAAAAAGACAUAGUAUGGUUAUUAUCAGAAUAUAAGUCACUCUCAAUCCAUAACAUUGUGGUUUCCAUUGAAGACCGCUCUGGGUGCACCUGGUUUAUGAAAGUGCAAAGGGCUUUCUGAAGAGUUUCUGUCCUUUGUUUCUUAGCAGAAAGGUUGUAACUGCUCUGCUUGAAUAGAUGUCUGUCUUUACAAGCUUUUAAAGCCACGGGAUGUGUCUGAACUGAUUGACUGUGCAGUGCUGUUCAGGUGUAGUAGGUCUUUGCUGAUGUUGCCCCCUCACCACCACCCCCAUUUGCAAAUGUAUAUUUAUGUCCAUUUGAGUCACUCACUAUACUGUAUCUGCAAAAUGCUAGAUUUUUAUAGAGUUGUAAAUUCAGUUUGGCUUCCCUGUUUACUUCAACAGAGGUUUUUAAAACUAGAUAAUGUUUUGGGGGUUUUUUUGCAAUGAUUUAUGUGAAAAAAAAUGUGAAGGAGUACUGCAUCUUUAUAAAAUAUAUGAAAAAAUAUGUAAUACCAUCAAAGUAUAUUAAAGCACAAUGUUUAAUUCACUAAAAAAGAAAAAAGACUAAAACAAAGCUGUACCUUCUUUUCGAUAAGAAUCUGUGACCAUGCUGUAAAUAGGAUGCAUGCUUUUCUGUGACCCAGUGCUUUUUGUACAGAAACAAACUAAUAAAGAUUACAUUUGGCUUGA